AUGUCAGAAAUUAAACUACCCUUUAGAGUAAGGGCGAGAUACGGUUGGUCUGGUCAAACGAAAGGUGAUCUCGGAUUUAUCGAAGGAGACGUCAUGGAGGUCACUAGAGUGACCGGUGACUGGUAUUAUGGGAAAUUGAUGAGAAACUCGAAAUGUGCGGGUUAUUUCCCACAUAAUUUUGUAACACUAAUACAACAACAGAACAAUCAAUCAUUAUCACGAUCACAAAUGAUGGCAUCAACAACGACAACAAUAGCAACUGGUGGUUCAACUUCAUCACCGUUUCUGAAUAAGAAUCCUGAUCAGAAUUCAAAACAGAAAGUGGUGAUUCCCGAUAUUCCAAUGAGAUCAAUUAAUGAAAAUCGAUCAUCACGUUUGAAUAGAACCUCUAGGGAUACGAAACAGGCAAGUUCAAAUGGUAAAGGUAAUGGAAACCGCAACUUGUCUCCUAUUGCAACAUCUGUCUCAACAGAUUCUUUACACUCAUCACCGUCAUCACCAACAUAUAACUCACCAUAUUCGUCAUCUCCUUCGAGUCCCACACAUAACAACUACACAGUAAAGAAGCAUAUGUCUAGAAACAAUUAUCCCUUUUAUGAGCAAUAUCAACAUCAAUCAUCUCCAGAUUUAGGAUCAAACAGAAGAAAAUCGGCAUUAGGACCAUCAAGUACUGUGAAACCACGUCACCAAAAUGGGAAUAUAAAUGAUCAUCCUUUACCACCUUUGCCACCUUUACCUAAUAUGUCAUCAAAGAGACUCUCUAGAGUCUCUAAUCGGUCAGGUGGACCCAUUAAAUCAUAUUCUUCAAAUGAUGUUACUGAAUCCAGACAAAAGCAUAAUCAAUCAUACGAUGAUCGGUAUUAUCAUAAUCAUCGUCAUCAUCAACAUCAUCACUAUUAUGAAAAUGAUGACGAUAUGGAUGAUCUCGCAAGACGUUCAUUAGAAGGUAGUACUAGAUUACCUUAUUUGCAUCAAAAUACAUCAUCCAAUUCCUUUUCAAAUUCAAGGUAUAUGGAUUCAUCAACGACUGAUAGUGAGAAUAGUUUCGCCCUAAUGAGUGAUUUUAGUGCCACUAGUGCAGGAAGUUUUGCAAGACAUAAAUAUGCUCAAUCAUUUUCAGACUCUUUACAAAGAUCACAAGCAGCACCUUUGUCAUCCUCAAAUGAUAUAGAUUUAUUACAAAACUCGAUUAAUGCUGGAUCAUAUUCGAAUGAUUCUCCAAACAGUAGUAAUAAAGUUUCACUGUCAAAUUCAAAUAACGGUCAAAUGGGGAAUUUAUUAAGGAAAAUAUUACCAAGGUCAGCUAAUAUCUAUAAUAAUAAUAAUAAUAAUAAUAAUAAUAAUAGUAAUAUUCCAAAUAGUAACAGUUUUCCUGUGUUGCCUUCUUUAGAAAAUUUGAAUAUAAAUUGCUCUGUUUCAGGAUCCCAUUCAGAGGCUAAGGAUUGGAUUACAGUUAAAUCACAGGUCAAUAGAUCUCGAACAUUAACAAAAUAUGAAAAACAUCCAAGGUAUAUGAGAGCUUUAGAAAACGAUCAAGAAUUGGUUCUUCAUCCACAAGAUUCUAUUUAUAAUGGUUUAAACACAAACGAGACUAAAAUGGGUACAACUCCAGGAACUCUUGAUUUACUUUUGACUGAAUUAAAUACCGAUUAUAUUGAUCAAAUGACAAGAAAACGAUGCUCGAAGAAGAACGACUUGAAAUUGAGUACAUGGACAACUACCACAUUUUCGGCUAGAUACGGUACUACUUUGGAAAAAUUAAGAGGUCUUUACAUUUUCUGUACAGAAAUGUUUGAUCUUGUAGAUGACAAUGGUAGUUCAGAUUUUAGUUCAGAACCAACUAACUUAAACGAAAUCCUGCACAAGAAGCAUUGUACACCAUACCAAUUAACUUGGUUAUUCAAAAAGAUUGCAAACUCAUUAGGGAUCACAUGUGAAAUCGUAAUUGGAUUCUUAAAGACACCAGGUAACAAAACUAGUGAAUUUAAAUAUAAUCAUUGCUGGUUACGUGUUUUAAUUAACAGAGAAUGGAGAUUUAUUGAUGUUAUUCUUGGUAAUGCUACUAAUCCUAUCCAUGCAUUCAUCGAUAACCAUAAAAGGAAGACUGCUGAUGAUAGUUAUUUUCUAGUCGAACCAUUGAAGUUUAUUUACACUCAUAUUCCACCAAGAGAAUUUGAACAACACAUUGUUCCUAGUAUUGAUCAGUUAUCUGCAUUGCAUUUACCAUUGGUAUUCCCUUCAUUUUUUAAGAAUGAUUUAUCUUUGCACAAUUUCAGUACAGCUCUUUCAUAUCUUGAAUAUUCUGAAAUUUAUGAAUGUUCUUUAGAGAUUCCAAAUGAUAUCGAAAUAUUUGCUUCUGUGGUAGCUAUACCGGAUAAUAACGACUCAGCAACAGCAAGGAGAUAUUCUGAAAUGAAUUUGGCAUUGACGCAGAUCAAAAAACAUAAACCUGAAUCUGGGCGUCGUAUUGCUGUCAUUAAAGCUGUUCUACCACCUGGUGCUUCUUCUGGUUCGUUAUAUAUUCACUCGGGGCUAAGAGGGAAGCAAGUGUCGAUUGCUAAUGUCCAUCCACUAUCUAUGCUUGUCCCGUUAGAACAUAGAAAGGAAGAAAUGAAAUUUGAAUUUGUUAUUCGAGUUCCAUCGGAGAAUGUUCAAAAUGUUGAAACUUAUAUUAAAGAGCCACAAAACCGUUAUUUAUUUAUAAAUAAUGAAUACAACUUUGAUAUCAUCCAGAACCCUUAUGAUGGAGUAAUUUAUACUGACAGUGGAAACAUCAUUGAUGAUGGUAAUACAGUGAAAAAUAAGAGACAACCUAUGGCCAUCAAAUCCCCUUCAGGUAAGAUAUAUGAAAUGAAAAAACAAUAUCCAAACACAACACACGGAACUUGGAAUACAUCUAUAACUUUUAAAGAAGAAGGUAUAUGGACGGGUUUAAUUAAGGCCGACUCUGGUAUUGGCUGGUGUCCUUUUUCAGAGUGGAUCUGCAUUUCAUAG